AUGACAAUUGGGGCUUCUUAUUGCACAAAUGUAGAAAUGAUGGUAACAGAUCAUACGAAGGAGCAAAUUUCUACUAUGUACCAAAUGGCAAUCAGUGAUUCUUGGUUACUUGCGAAACAUGAUAUAACCAUAAAUUUAUCAACUUUUUCUCAGUGCAUGUGCCUUGGAGAUAUUUUUGACUCGUCUACCAAUGAACUUAUCGUUGCUGAUUUUAGUCAAUACUUCGAAAAUAUUCAUUCUAACUUAGGAGGUUUUGAAUUCAAAAUCAAGAUAUUUAAGGGGACUAAACUCACCAAUGAACUACCAUAUAUUGAAGCUCCUUCUGGAAUUAUUCCAUUUAAGUGUAAAGGGAACGACAAACAUUGUCUAGAUUUAGCUAUUGCUGCUGGACCAUUUAUUUAUGUCUACUGUAAAUUAUCAUCAUAUUAUAAAUACACUCUACCUUCAUUGGAACCUAAUUUGGAUGAACUCAAACUAUGGGAACAAGCUAGAGAGGGUAAUUUGACACCAGAGGAAUUACGUGAAAAACUUAAGCAGAUUGGAUCUGAAAUGCAUAAGCUGACUUCAAGAUCUAUACGGUAUCUACAAUUACCCGGCGACCUAUUACACGAAUUUUUCAACACUUAUCGAAUGAUUCCACUUCAAAAGCAAACUGUAGCAACGUGUUUGACUAAAAUGAGUAAACAACACAGUGGACCUAAUUCCUGGGACUGUUUAAUCGUUGGCACAGAAUCCUGUUUUGUUUAUAUUUACGAUUGUGUAUCACACAAUAAUUUAUGUGAGGUUGCGUUACCAUCUGUUCCAGUUCAUUUAAACGCAAUAGGAUCCUUCGAUAUUGACUAUCAUAUUUUAGUGACAUGUCGUAACGGAAUAAUUUACUCCAUAAAACGUGGAGAAGCCAACGCUAAGGUUUAUGUUGAAACUGGGUCACAGAUUAUCGGUUUACUUCGUACAGAAAAAGCUGUUAUAGUUGCUUGUAUGGAUCAAACAGUUAAAGGAUUUUCACUGGAGGGUCGACCAAUUUGGAGAGUAAGACAUUCGUGCGAAAUUUUAACAAUAACUCCAAUGAAUUUUAAUAGUUCAAACAAUAGAAAUCAUGAAAUUUAUUAUAUCAUAUGUUUAUCGGAUGGUUCAGUCCAGAUCUACUGUGAUCAACAUUUAUGUGACAAAUGCAUCAUAUGGGUUCCUUCUACUCAGAAUACUGGCCCUGAGGAUAAUAAUAGUAAUCCUCCAAACAAUAUUACAUCUGGUAAUUCAGGUACUAUUAAGGUGACAGAAACUGAACAGAACAACAAUCAAUCACGUAAACUAAUUGGUUAUCACUUAGCGAAACCUGAUCCAAUUGUCGCUUGCUGUUUUGGGAAAUAUGACAGAGAAAUCAAUACACUAAUACUUGUAUCUCAAGCUGGGCACAUGUUAAUCUUAAUUGCUAAACGUACAGCUAACUUUAUUCCGAUGGAUGUGAUUACCUCUCGUACAAUCGGUAAACUUGAUAAUUUGAAUAUCCCUAAAAAAUCAAAUUUAUAUAUGGAUUUAACAACUCGUGAACAAUUAAAUGCACCGCAAAUGUAUCGUCAAUUUGUGAAUGAUUUACGCUUUGUAAAGCGAUCAAUUUCAUCCACCUUUCUUAAUAUGUUAGAAAAUCAUUCUAAUCCUAUUCCGAUUUCUGGUUAUGGUGAACAAAUUAAAUUAAAUGUCCAGGUUCAGGGUCUUGGACCUGAAUUUACUUUGAUUUGUGAGAUAGUUCAAAUAAAAAGCAAUUCAAUGUCAACUUUGAAGGGUUUGUAUAUUUUAAUAUUAUUCAAUGCUUCAGUUUAUCAAGUGAAUCCGGUUUUGAUUCCAUUGGCUACAAUUUAUCCUUGUUUCAAAUACCGUUACACUUCUUCCAUCACUUUGAUUCAUGAAACAUUAAAUGAAGAAGAAAUAAAGGUUUGCAAUCAAAAUUUUGUACGGUUUAUAAUAUUUUAUCCUUUUAUUGUUGAUAUUAUAGAUUUUGAUAACUCGUAAGUAAUAAAUAAUAUGUGAAAGGCACAACUUUGAUUCAGGAUUGUAACUAUACUUUCACAUGUUAUCAUUGUUUCUUCGAUGAAAUUAACUGGAUAUGUUACAUUGACAUUACUGCUAAUAGAUUUUUAACUGUUUGUAUGAGUAUUUAAGUGUACAGCCUUAAGAUUAGUUUUUUUAAUACAAUUUUAUUGUAAUAAAAAGACGAGGAUUAUCAGAACCAUGUGAUAUAUUAGCGCAAUACAUUUCGAACAAUCUGAUCACGCAUAUACUUGUUAAGACCAUUUAUAUUUAUAAAUAAAAGGUCAACUAGACUGGGAAUGGGGUAAGAGGAGACAAAGAUAAUAAUAAGGGUAAUGAUAAUAAUGUGAACACAAUUUGAAGCCUAAUCACGCCAUAGUGAUCAGAUUGUUCGAAGCGUAUUGCGCUAAUAUAUCACAUAGUUCUGAUAAUCAUACUUGAUGUAUUACUGUAAGUUGUGUGAAAUGGUAUUUUGUAUAUAAUGUAGACAUCUUCUAAUCCGCUUGCAUCAGUAUAUCUAGAACUAUAUUCUCAAAGGUAUUUAGCGUCCAUCAAUCACUUUUACAAAAUUUCAGUGCAAAAUCCUUUUAUAUUUUAUAUUUUUAACCACUAUUAUAGUCAAAUAUCUAGCAGUUCUUAGCUUAAGUCCAUUUUUGAAAUGACUUAACUUUAGCCUUGAGUUGUCGAUAUAGGCCACGUGCAAAAGACAUUUUAUUGACCAUUGUAUUCACGACUUUUGAGCUUUUAGUAUCUCUAAUGCUUCUUGUUUUAUACUACAGGUUCUUGUUAUCAAUAAGCAAAGUUCUAAUCCAAUAAUUUCUUCUUCAGUGAAAAUGCCAAUCAGUGAACUAUCGAUGGGAUAAUUUAAUGUAUAAUUUAAUGAUGUUAAACUGUUAGAAUUGUACAGAUAUCCCACUCUUGUUAAUAAAUUUUUAUAGCUAGUAA